UACUCCAAUAAUUUAAGAACCAUUUAUGCCGUUUUCUCUGUAAAAAAAAUCUCCAAACUUCUAUUAAAACCCUUCUUCUAUUAAAACCCCAACCACAGCAGCCCUAAAAACUCCUUGCCGCCACACCUGUUCGUCUCCACAGCCACAGUCAUGCCGAAGCAUUAUCGGCCUGCUGGGAAGAAAAAAGAAGGAAAUGCUGCAAGAUAUAUUACAAGAUCACAAGCUGUGAAAUACCUUCAAGUCAGUUUAUCACUGUUCAGGAAGCUAUGCAUCUUGAAAGGUAUUUUCCCUCGUGAACCAAAGAAGAAGGUUAAAGGAAACCACCAUACCUAUUAUCACACAAAAGAUAUUUUGUUCCUUAAACAUGAGCCCUUACUUGAGAAGUUCAGAGAAAUGCGAGCAUAUGAGAAGAAGAUUAAGAAAGCAGUCUCAAAGAAAAAUCGCGAUCUUGCUGAACGCCUGCUAACUCGCAAGCCCAGUUAUACCCUUGACAUGCUUAUUCGGGAGAGGUACCCUAAAUUCAUUGAUGCACUUAGAGAUUUGGAUGACUGCCUUAGUAUGGUACACUUGUUUGCUGCAUUGCCUGCUGUAGAGAGAGAGAAGAUACCGGUAAACCGUGUCCAUAAUUGCCGAAGGUUGGGUCAUGAAUGGCAGGCCUUCAUUUCUCGCACUCAUAGACUAAGGAAAACAUUUAUAUCAGUGAAAGGAAUAUAUUACCAGGCAGAAAUAGAUGGGCAGAAAAUCACUUGGUUAACUCCACAUGCAUUGCAACAAGUACUUCCUGAUGACGUUGACUACAACAUCAUGCUGACUUUCUUGGAAUUUUAUGAGACACUCCUAGCUUUUGUUAAUUUCAAGCUUUAUCAUUCAAUAAAUGUGAAGUAUCCUCCCAUUCUUGAUCCUCGGCUUGAAGCUUUAGCUGCUGAUCUCUAUGCAUUAUCUAGGUACUUCGAUAACAGAGCCUCCAUGACAGAGUCAACAACUACUGGCUUCUCUGAAUCUGAUGUGAGUAAGGACCAAGGAAAGGGGCCAAACUAUGAAGAAUCUGAACUUAGACUUGCUCAACUGCAGCAACAGCUUCCUUCCAAUGAACCAGGUGCAUUAAUGCACCUUGUUCAAAAUGCUGUGGAAGCUGAUGAAGAUGAUUCUGAAACCAGGGAAUGCAAAACACUUUUCAAGGAUAUCAAGUUCUUCUUGAGUCGUGAGGUUCCCAGAGAGUCACUGCUGUUUGUUAUCCCUUCUUUUGGUGGUAGCGUUUCUUGGGAUGGAGAAGGGGCACCAUUUAAAGAGACUGACCAGAAUAUCACUCAUCAGAUUGUUGACCGGCCAACUCAGGGCCACAAAUUCCUUUCCCGAGAAUAUGUCCAGCCACAGUGGAUUUAUGAUUGUGUUAAUGCACGCAUCCUUUUACCAGUUGAGGAAUAUGUUGUGGGAAGGAUUCCUCCGCCACACUUAUCACCUUUUGUUGAUAAUGAGGCCGAAGGCUAUGUUCCUGAAUAUGCAGAGACCAUCAAGCGUCUACAGGCAGCUGCAAGAAAAGAAGUGCUUCCAAUGCCAGGGGUGGGCAAAGAGGAUUUGGACGACCCUCAAAAUUUACUUGUGGAAGGUGUCAUCAACCGCGCUGAAGCUAUUGAAGCUGCCGAGAAAAAACGGAAGAUGUCAGUUCUUCAGAAGCAGUAUCAUGAUGAACUGAAAAAAGAACUUCGAAGUGCCCAAGUUUCUGCUGGUUCAGAUGGGAAUAAGGAGAGUGUUUUGGAGCACAUUGAUACUGGAGAAGAUUCUCUUCCAGAUUUAAGUCAAAUUUCCAAGGAUGCAGACAACAUGUCCAAGAUUGUCAUGCCACGUAAAAAGCAGAAGCUACUAAAAGCUAUGGAGAUUGGCAAAGAGCGGAAACAAGCUAGUGUUGAUCGUUUGAAAGAGAGGAAAAGAAGAAUUGAAGAAGGAAAGAAAUCAGGGAAAUAAGCAAAUGAACGAGUGCUGUUUAUCGUUUUUUUUUUCCUUUUGGAUGGUUAAAUCUAUUAUAUUGUAUAUUACUGCUGCCAAUUUGGCUAAAAUUUUGCUGAUCGUAGGGGUGUGAUGUUUAGUAUUGUUCGUCUUUUGAAUACAAUUUCUCACCAGUUAAUACAAACAUUUUUCCUGGA